GCUCGAUUAACGGAGAGCCCGCGCGGAGCCACAACAGACACGGGCGGGAAUUCUACGGCUGUUUUGGAGGUCAGACGCUAUUCAUCAUUCUGACAGGAGUCGGGGUGUAGUGGCUGAGGGAAACGGAACCAGUUGGGGCUGGUGUUGAUGUGGGGAAAAAUGGAGAACCCGACGAUCGUGUACGAUCUGGAUACCUCCGGCGGGCUGAUGGAGCAAAUCCAGACUCUGCUGGCGCCGCCCAAGUCUGAAGAUGGAGAGAAGAGGACCAGGAAACCAGACAGGAGACCCGGCAGGGCCAGCAAUCAUGAUACCUGCGACAGUUGCCGGGAAGGAGGGGACCUGCUGUGUUGUGAUCACUGCCCCGCUGCCUUCCAUCUACAGUGCUG